AUGAAAAGGCCGCAGAUGUUUUCCCUUUAUUCACAAAUAUUUUCCUGUCGUGGUUCCGGUUAUAAAGAAAUUUUCGAGAAAUCAACCAUUAAAUUGCUGUUAAAUAAUAGAGCUUUUGCUUUCGUGUUGACUAUAAAUUUCACAAUAAAAGAUAAAGUAAAUCAUGGGAAAUUUGAUUUUCGGCUUACUGAUAACAACGCUCGUUCAAAACUCUUCAGAGAAAAAGUUGAAAAUUUUGUACAGUGGAACUUUGAUAAAGAAAGGCUUGGAGAAGAAUUUGUAAUCAAAAAACUCUUACUCAUAGAGAAAUCGAUGAAGCCACAAGCAAAAGUUUACUUGAGAAAAUUUGAUGAUGAAAUUCAAGAAAAUUCGAGCCAAGAUGAAGAAAGUUUAAUGGAAACUCCCACACUAGUAGAAAAUGCUGAUAAUCAAUGCCUUGAAAAUGAAAACAUGAAUGAAGAAAGAUUAAGAUUAAAAUUAAAUAAUCCUGAUGAAUCCUUAAAUGAUCAACGGAAGCGAAAUUUAAAAAUCCGAUGA